UCCUCUCCCGAUCUAAUAGGCGCAAACGUCGGAUGAAAGCUCAAGGUCUUCACUCGUUCCAUUUCCGCCCUAGUAACCGAGUAGGAAGAAAAACGGAAAUAAGGAAAGCCUCUGUUUCUCUUCUUCGGCACUCUUUUUCUCCUUUGGUUCUCGAUUGGGGAGUUGGACAUGGCGCAAAAGCUGCAACAGCAGUUGAGAGAAGUAGGGUCCAAACUACAGGGUCAACCAGCUUCGAAAGAUGCGUUGAUCAAGCUCUUGAAGCAAGCGGAAAACUGUCUUUCCGAAUUGGAACAGUCGCCACCACCUUCUUUGCUGAGUGCAAUGAAGCCGUGUGUUGAUGCUAUUGCAAAAGAGGAUGUUUUGAAGCACCAAGAUAGGGAUGUCAGAGUUCUCGUGGCUGCCUGCAUUUGUGAGAUCACUCGGAUAACUGCUCCUGAAGCACCUUAUAGUGAUGAUGUUCUCAGGGACAUUUUUGAUUUGAUUGUAAGUACAUUUAGCGGCUUAAAGGAUGCUAAUACUCCAUCAUUUAAGAGGACAGUUAUUAUCUUAGAGACACUUGCAAGAUACAGGUCAUGUGUUGUGAUGCUGGAUCUCGAGUGUUACGAUCUCAUAAAUGACAUGUUCCAAAUUUUUUUUAAUGUGGUCAGUGACGAUCAUCCAAAUAACGUUCGUGCUUCAAUGCAAACAAUCAUGGUCCUUAUAAUUGAGGAAAGUGAGGACAUACAAGAGAAUCUGUUAGUUACCAUAUUGUCUCCUUUAGGUCGUAAAAGGAAUGGAUUUACAAUGGCAGCUAGGAAGCUUGCUAUGAAUGUGAUAGAGCAUUGUGCUGGAAAGCUUGAGCCUUCCAUUCGGCAUUUUCUUGUAUCAUCAAUGUCUGGAGACAGCAGCUACUUGGAGAGUUCACUUGAUUAUCAUGAAGUCAUAUAUGAUUUAUAUCAGUGUGUUCCGCAAAUUCUUUUUGGAAUAAUUUCAUUUAUGACUGCAGAAUUGUUGACAGAUAAGUUAGAGAUUCGACAGAAGGCAGUCCAACUACUUGGAGACCUAUUUGCUUUAUCAGGAAUUCCUAUUUCUGAGUCUUUUAAGCCACUUUUCUCUGAGUUUGUGAAGAGAUUGGCUGAUAGGGUUGCGGAUAUUCGUGUUUCUGUAAUUGGACACUUGAAGAAUUACUUGAUGUUGAACACUUCCAGAGCUGAAGCACCUCUGAUAAUUAAGGCUCUAUCGGAUCGGCUAUUAGAUUAUGAUGAAAAUGUUCGCAAGCAUGUUGUUGCCGCAAUUUGUGAUCUGGCGUGCCAUUCUGUCAAAGUUAUUCCAGUAGACACAGUUAAAACAGUUGCAGAGCGCCUUCGUGAUAAAUCUCUAUCUGUCAAACUUUACACCAUGGAGAGAUUGGCUGAGCUUUACAGAUGUUAUUGUUUGAAGCGUAAAAAUGAUUUGUUAAAUGAUGAUGAUUCUGAAUGGAUACCUGGCAGAGUGUUACGGUGCUUAUAUGACAAAGAUUUUAGAUCAGAGACAAUUGAAUUCAUUUUGUGCGGUUCAUUGUUCUCACAUGAUUUGACUAUUAGAGAUAGGGUAAAACAUUGGAUUAAAGUGUUUUCAACAUUUGAUAAAGUAGAACUGAAGGCACUAGAGCAGAUUCUGCUACAGAAGCAAAGGUUACAGCAAGAAUUUCAGAAAUAUUUGACUCUUCGACAGACACAACAGGAUGAUUUCCCAGAGAUCCAAAAGAAAUAUUAUGGUUUAUUCCGCAUGAUGUCUCGCAUGUUUCAUGAUGCUGCUAAAGCUGAAGAAGGUUUCCAGAUGCUUAAUCAGUUAAAAGACCCAAAUAUCUGGAAAUUAAUGAUGAUCUUGCUUGAUCCAGGCACUGGUUUCUGUCAAGCGUGGUCUUGCCGGGGUGAGUUGCUUAAGAUCCUUGGAGAAAAACAUUCACUUUAUGAAUUUAUCGAUAUGCUUUCAGUGAAGUGCUCAUACUUAUUGUUUAACAAGGAGCUUGUUAAGGAAAUUAUUUUAGAAUCUGCUGAGCAAAAAUCUACUGGCGAUGCAAAAUUCAUUUUGUCAUGCAUGGACCUACUUACGGUAAUAGCAUCUUUUUCUCCCCACCUUUUUAUAGGGUGCGAAGAUGAUCUUUUGCAUCUGCUCAAGGAAGACAAUGACAUAAUUAAAGAAGGAAUAACUCGAGUUUUAGCAAAAGCAGGAGGGACUAUUCGAGAACAGUUGGCAAUGACAUCAGGCCCUGUUGAUCUAGUAUUAGAACGGCUAUGUCUAGAGGGUACUCGCAAGCAAGCUAAAUACUCUGUACACGCCAUAGCAGCAAUAACCAAAGACGAUGGUCUCAAAUCACUUUCUGUUUUAUACAAGAGGCUUGUAGAUAUGUUGGAGAAGAAAACUCAUCUUCCAUCCAUAUUGCAAUCUCUUGGGUGUAUAGCUCAAAUUGCAAUGCCAGUCUUUGAAACUAGAGAAAAUGAAAUUGUAGAGUUUAUAUCUAAGAAAGUCUUGAAGCGUAAGAAUGAUAUGCCUGCUACUUCAGAUAAUAGUGAUUGGAAUGAAAGAUCUGAAUUCUGUUCAUUAAAGAUGCUUGGCAUCAAAACUUUGGUGAAGAGUUAUUUACCUGUCAAAGACGCUUCUUCACGAACUGGGAUUGAUAAGCUUAUGGCAUUACUCAGAAAUGUUCUAGCUUAUGGAGAUAUCUCAAAAGAUGUGGAAUCAAGUGCUGUUGAUAAGGCGCAUAUGAGGCUUAUUGCAGCAAAAUCUGUCCUUCGAUUGUCAAGGCUGUGGGACCAUAUGAUACCUCUUGACGUUUUCUAUAUAACCUUGAGGAUUUCAGAGGAUGUCUAUCCCCAGUUUAGGACAAUAUUCAUCAACAAAGUGCAUCAGUACAUCAAGGAUCGUUUGUUGGAUGCAAAGUAUGCCUGUGCUUUCUUGUUAAACAUAAACCAGUAUCAGUCUCCAGAGUAUAAGGAGGCCAAACACUUUCUACUGGAGGUUGUUCAAAUUUGCCAGCAACUUAAACUACGGCAAAUCUCCAUGCAAAAUGAUGUGAGUUCCUCAGUCAUGUAUCCAGAGAGUAUUCUUGUAUAUUUGGUUCAUGCUCUGGCGCACCAUCCUUCAUGCCCAAAUAUUAAUGAGUGUACGGAGCUAUCAGCCUUCGAACCCAUUUAUUGGCGGUUGCAUUUAUUUCUUUCUGUGCUGUUACUUGGAGAUGAUGGCUGGCAAUCAGGAGCUUGUUCUGACAGAGGAAAGGAUAGUUAUGCUGCAAUUGUAGCUAUAUUCCGUAGUAUUAAAUGUUCAGAAGAUGCUACAGACUGUGCAAGGUCUAGAACAUCACAUGCUCUUUCGGAUCUUGGACUGUCAAUUACAAAGAAGUUGGUUCCUGAUCAAGCAGAUGUUUCAGAGUUAGCUAAUACAGUUUCAUUGCCAGCUAGUUUAUACAAAGCUUACGAGAGGGAUGAAGAGAGCUCCAGGAUCAAUGGCGAGCAAUCAUGGCUGAGUGGUGAAAGUGCCUUGGCCCAUUUUGAAGCUCUUAUGUUUGAGGAUAAAGAACAGAUUCUCUCAGAUUUCAACAAGGAUUCAAUACUCUUGGGGGAGAAAGACAAGGAUGAUAAUGAUGUACCUCUGGGGAAGAUGAUGAAAUUACUUAAAUCCCAUGGAACUAAAAAGAAAAAAACAAAAACACAAACUUCAACUUUUGAAAUGAAAAGGAAUGAUGAAGAGGUUGAUGUUCUUGGCAUGGUGCGAGAAAUCAAUUUAGACACCAUAAAAGCAGCUAAGGGUAUGGAAAAUAGUAGUCAAAAAAGAAAACUAAGCGAUGCGACUAACAGUAUUAUUCCUCCAACUCCUAAACGGAAAAGGUCGAGCACUAUUCACAGCUCACCCUCUUCAAACCGGGACAUGAAGCAACAUGUUUCCUCGGUAGAAUCAGAAUUGUUGCGUUCAUCUUUACCAAAAAUACAAAGCACAUCCAGGCGUGGAGAGAAAAAAGGAGUACAUAGUGGAGAAACUAUCAUUAAUGACGUGAAGAAUCAUUCAAUCUUAGAAGGCUCUGACAAGAAAGGUAGUGGCGGUUCUGCAAAAAAACGCAAAGUUAGAAGUAUUUCUGGCUUGUCUAAGUGUUCAUCAAAGAAGACUCAGCUGAAUGGAAAACUGGUUGGAUCUAGAAUUAAAGUUUGGUGGCCUUUAGAUAAGACGUUCUACGAAGGUGUGGUGCAUUCCUAUGAUCCAGGGAACAAAAAACACAGUAUUUUGUACGAUGAUGGUGAUGUUGAAGUGCUUCAACUGGAAAGGGAGAAAUGGGAGCAUAUACCAAAUGGCUGCACUCCUAAAAAACGAUCCAAAAGUCACCAGUCCUCAUCACAUGAACAACUUUCGCUCGACAUAAAUGAUGAUAGCAUCGACUAUGAUUCUCAAGGAAAUAAGAAGCCUACGAAGAGGUCAGCUGGUUCUAAUCAUGGAGGAAGACAUGUCUCAGGAAAAGGUUCUCAGUCUAAUGUCAGAAGAGUACCCAAAAAUGAUGUCUAUGCAGACAAGAGUAAGAUGGAUAUUAAGCGUGAUUCAGAGGUUCCAGAUGCUCAUCCUCAUUCUGGAUCAGAGAUUGAUGAUGUCAAUUUAGAAUUGGAGGUAAAAGAAUCAUAUAGUCCAACCGAAAUAGACGACAAAACCAAAGCGAACACAUUGGAGUUGCCCAAAGAAUCAAUGAAAAAGAUCGCGGAUGUUCUCCAUUUGAAAACCAUGGAAGACUCAGACGACGAACCCCUCAGUUUGUGGAAGCAGCGUGCUGGUAAAACCGGUUGAG